AGGCCGGGUCACUGUCCACCAAGCUGCGGAGCGAGUUGCGUCUUAGCUUUAAACCCCGAAGAAGAAGAAGAAGAAGAAGAAGAAGAGGAAGGAGAAUAAGAAAGACUUGAAGACGCCGUGACUGAAUCACUAUUUAUUUUUUUCUCCUCGUCUCCCUCCGCAGCCCCGACAGACAUGGACGUGUCUCUUCGCACCUGCGGACGGCGAAGACAUCUGCUCCUGAUUUAUCUGUUCGUCCUGAAGGCAGCAGCCAACUGCCCUAAACCUCGGGCAAGUAGAAAUACCGUCUUAACGAACAAGGCACUCCUCAUGAACGAUUUCCCGGACGGCUCCGAUGCCACGUUGGAGUGUGCCAACGGAUACGUUGCAGAAAGUGGCUCGGGGGUUAUGAGCUGCGCCGGCGGGAAAUGGACUGAACCAGAUCUCUCCUGCAAAAAGAAGGACUGUGGCCCCCCCAGACCCCAGCCGAACAUGAGCUUCAACACCAGCGCUGGGACCCUGUUUGGCGACAUAAUAAGAGUCAUUUGUGACAAAGGGUACCAGAUCAUCGGGGCGAGCUACAGACAGUGCUACUCCGCCGGGUGGAAAGGAAGAGCCAAGUGUGAAACCGUGACGUGCGAGAAACCGGCGGCGGUGACCGGCGGCCGAAGCCUGUGGGACUCUCAAGACGACCCGAAGUACGGCGAGGUCGUGCGGUUCGCGUGCGACGAGGGCCUCGCCCUCGCCGGCCGCGCCAGCAUCACGUGCGGCCAAGCCGGCGAAUACGACUCUGGGCCUCCUGAAUGCAGAGGUGUGACGACAGAAGAAAGAGUCACAACAGAAGCACUGACACCGACUCCUGCGCCUCCAGCACAAGAUUUGUCUGCAAUAUCCACAGCUCGCAGGGAUAAAACGUUGACAACCAGUGCAACACCAACUGUCUCCCCCUCGGCACAAGGUGGCGGCCGAGACGGUUUGACAGCCGAGGACAGAGCUUCCACUGCCGGCGUUACGUCAACAACAACGACGUCGUUUCGAGACAAGCAUGACGGGGCCGUAGACACUGACACGCGUAUCGAAUAUGCACCUGUUAUAGUCUCUGUCAUAUGCAUCUCAUCAGCUGCGAUUAUACUUGUGUUCUGUUUACACAAGUUUCUUCUGAGAAAAAAAGGCUCAUAUGACACCAGAGAAGACCUGAAGCCGGAGUUAUUACACUUCCAAAAUCCUUAGGUUGCCUCCCUCACUCAGCAGCUCUGCAAAUGGAACCGCACCUAUCUGUUGAAGAACAUCUGUGACCCGGGAGGACGUGCCAGUGAACUGUAGCACGAGGGGGGGGGGGGGGGGGGGGGGCUCACUUUUAAUAUUAUUGCACUUCAAAUGGCCGACGAUCAAAUCUGCAGUUAUGGAAGUUUCACAUUCCGGUGAUCAAAAGCACUUUUUCAAAUGUUUUCUAUUUUAUUUUAAUUUUAUUAUUUUUUUUACUAUUAUUCCAGCACAAAUUUGUAAAUAUAUUAUGCCAUUACUGUUUUGUACAUUAUUUUUGUGUUAAAAAAAAACCCGUGCAAAAAUUUUCUUUAUGACUUCUGAAGUUAAAAUGUGUAUUUAAUAAAAGAAAUAAAUGAGUUUGGAUUCUCAGAGAAA